AUGGAAACGAGCCGGCUCCGGGGAGGACUACUGCGAUUUAGGAAGUCUGUGGCACAGCCCUAUGGCCAGUAUGGGGGCUGGACUACAGAAUCUGAACAGAUGAACUUUGCCACGCAUUUAAAACCCAGUGAUCUACGUGAAAUCACGAACUCAUACCGAGACAGAUUGGAAGACUCAGCUGUGGAAUACAUCCUCGCUUUAUCAACGGCUUUCCGGCGGGAUAAUAUAAUAAAUUCUGAAGAACAUGAGCGAGUCAUGUAUCUCUUCAAUAAGAAACGAAAAAAGGAAGCAUGCAAGCUACUGUUCGGGAAAGUUCGCACAAAUGGUGAUAAUGAAGUUCGAAAUUUUUGGGAAAUAAUGGAGCGACAUCAGAAGAUAAAUGCAACCUUGAAUGCGUUAAUAAAUGAAAUUAAAAGAACAGGGAGAUGUGGCUUGAUUCGUAAUAUGGCGGACGAUCAUGACACAGAAUUAAAAGAAAGUACAGAGAAUGAAGAAGAUACUGUAGACAAUGAGAAACCAAGAGCUGCUGAUGAUAAGCACCCUGCUGGUACCGAAAGAGCGAUGGAGGAUAUUGAAAUAACGAACCAAGAUCCUGCAACUGACAGACGAGAUGAAAAGUCAGGCACAUCGCAGGAUGGCAGAACCAUAGGUGAAGUAAAAGAACAUCAUGAAACCGGAAAUGAUUUAGACAGAAAUCAACAACAACAUAUGGCAGUGAAAGAAGAUGGUGUCGACUCCUCGAAAAGCGGAGGUCCCGAAGAUGAUCACAGUGCUGAUAACGAAGGGAGAUGUGGCGUGAUUCGUAACAUGGCGGACGAUCAUGACACAGAAUUAAAAGAAAGUACGGAGAAUGAAGAAGAUACUGUAGAUAAUGAGAAACCAAGAGCUGCUGAAGAUAAGCACGGUGCUGGUAACGAAAGAGCGAUGGAGGAUAUUGAAAUAACGAAUCAAGAUCCGGCAACUGACAGACGAGAUGAAAAGUCAGGCACAUCGCAGGAUGGCAGAACCGUAGGUGAAGUAAAAGAACAUCAUGAAACCGGGAAUGAUUUAGACAGAAAUCAACAACAACAUAUGGCAGUGAAAGAAGAUGGUGUCGACUCCUCGAAAAGCGGAGGCCCCGAAGAUGUUCACAGUGCUGAUAACGAAGCCGCAGGGAGAUAUGGCGUGAUUCGUAAUAUGGCGGAAGAUCAUGACACAGAAUUGAAAGAAAAUACAGAGAAUGAAGAAGAUACUGUAGACAAUGAGAAAACAAGAGCUGCUGAAGAUAAGCACGGUGCUAGUACCGAAAGAGCGUGGGAGGAUAUUGAAAUAACGAAUCAAGUGUCGGGAACUGACAGACCAGAUGAAAAGUCAGACAUAUCGCAGGAUGGCAGAACCACAGGUGAGUUAUGUGGCGUGAUACGUCAUAUGGCGGACACAGAAUUGAAAGAAAGUACAGAGAAUGAAGAAGAUAGUGUAGACAAUGAGAAACCAAGAGCUGCUGAAGAUAAGCACGGUGCUGGUAACGAAAGAGCGAGGGAGGAUAUUGAAAUAACGAAUCAAGAUCCGGCAACUGACAGACGAGAUGAAAAGUCAGGCACAUCGCAGGAUGGCAGAACCAUAGGUGUCAUUGAACGAAUUCACGCUGGCAAUUCCGCCUUUGAAAUGCAGGCAGAGUCACGAGUUGUCGAGACAGCCAUGAACUAG